GCCUGAAUUCUUCGAAGGGGAGGGGAGGGGGGGCCGGGACAAGAACGCGAGCAUGGCGAUCGGUCAGGACGAUGAUGUGGGAGCGGGGGCGUUGUCCUUCUGAGAUCAUCCCGUCCCUCUUCGAGGUUGGCCAUGGGGAUGCUUAGAUGGUAGAUCUUGUUCCUCGUCGCUAGCUCUUAUUACAGAGAUGAUGAUGGAUUCUGGAAGUGGUUUCUUCUCCAUUGAUGAGCCCAGCUUAGAUCCCAAGUGGCUCAUUGAUCCCAAGCUUCUCUUCGUCGGCCCCAGGAUCGGGGAAGGCGCCCAUGCCAAGGUUUACGAGGGCAAGUACAAGAACCAGAAUGUUGCCAUCAAGAUCGUGCACAAAGGAGACACCCCUGAGGAGGUGACCAAGAGGGAGGGUAGGUUCAUGAGGGAGGUCUCCAUGCUCACCAAAGUCCAGCACAAGAAUCUUGUUAAGUUCAUCGGAGCUUGCAAGGAGCCUGUAAUGGUUGUUGUUACCGAACUCCUGCUCGGAGGAUCCCUGCGCAAGUACAUGCUGAAUAUGAGGCCGCGGAGCUUGGAGCCUCGUGUGGCCGUUGGGUUUGCUUUGGAUAUUGCUCGGGCGAUGGAAUGUUUGCAUUCCCACGGGAUCAUCCACCGAGAUCUGAAGCCUGAAAACAUGCUACUGACUGCAGAUCAGAAAACCGUAAAACUUGUAGACCUUGGUUUGGCCAGGGAGGAAACUUUGACAGAGAUGAUGACUGCUGAAACAGGAACCUACAGAUGGAUGGCCCCUGAGUUGUACAGUACUGUGACUUUGAGGCACGGGGAAAAGAAACAUUACAACCACAAGGUGGAUGUUUACAGCUUCGCAAUAGUGUUAUGGGAGCUGUUACAUAACAAACUUCCAUUUGAAGGCAUGUCAAACCUUCAAGCUGCGUAUGCAGCUGCUUUCAAAAAUGUGAGGCCUAGUGCUGAUGGUCUUCCUGAGGAGUUAGCUUCACUUUUGACAUCUUGCUGGAGAGAAGAUCCAAAUUUGCGGCCAAACUUUACCCAAAUAGUGCAAAUGCUGCUUCACUAUUUGUCUACUCUCUCACCGCCUGAACCUCUGGCUCCUGCUCGUGUUUUCAGUUCUGAGAAUGUGGUGUUGCCACCUGAGUCUCCUGGCACGAGUUCACUAAUGGCUGUUCGAGAUGAUUUGGGUGAUACACCAAAGGAAAAUAAAUCAGGGGGUUUCUUUUCCUGUUUCAACCAGUGCUACUGAUUGUUCCGCCAAAACGAUUGAGGGAGAAAGAGAGGUUGCAUUGGGGCAGGGAGAAUGUCAUAAUGCCUCACUGCCCUUUGCGGUUUCUUGAAUUCUGUAUCAUGGUUGAUACUCGAGGGCGAAGCUUGUGGCCUUCAAUGUUGGCUUUAUCGAGGUUGUGACCUCGAGUCACUAGCUUGCUACCCCAAAAUCUGACGUUGGAUGUAACUGGUUGCCCGUCUGCUGAAACAGCAGAAUAAUCUUUUAGGUUGGGAGGUUAUUGUUGAUUUUUUUUUCUUCAUGAUCAAGAAUUCCUGUAGUGUAAAUGAUGAACAAAUCAGAGCAGUGGCUGGUCGAUUUGUUCGGACAAGUUGGUUGACUGAGUUUGAGCUCACCAUUUUGGUUCAGGUUUGGGAUUUUAACCUGAAAGGUAAGUGGGAUAUCCUUAAUGAUAAUGAAUAAUGUCUGAAAGUUAAGUGGAACAUCCUUAAUGAUAAUGAAUAAUGUAGUCCUUGUGUCUAGCA